AUGAGGAUCCUGUUGAUAGUCAUCCUCCUCUCCUUCAUGACAGGUAAUAAGCUUGUUAUAACUCUCUAUAACAAUGUAAUAACAUCCAGUUAGUCUUCUUAUAAAGGCUGCUACUACAGAUGAGUGUGUGGGUGUGUGUGUGUGUGUGUGUUUGUAUGUGUGUGUGUGUGUUUGUGUGUUUGUGUGUGUUUGUGCGUGUGUGUUUGUGUAGUUGUGUGUGCGUGUGUGUGUGUGUGUGUGUGUGUGUUUGUGUAGAUCUGUGUGUGUGUGUGCGCGCGCGCAUGAGUGCAUGCGUGUGUGCGUGUCUGUGGGAGUGUGUGUGUGGGUAAUGUGAUGAUGCCACUGGUGUAGGAAAAUUUAACCAUAAGUACAUUAGUAUUACAAAUCACUAAACCAAGAGGAAUAUAAAAUAUAUUUUCUCUUGUCUGAUUGACAGGUUGUUUGAGCUCCUUCAAAGUGACAGGAUACUCUGGAAGAACUGUCAUCAUCAACUGUGAAUAUUCCAUAGAAGAAAGAAGUCAUGAGAAAUAUUUAUGCAUGGGGGAGUAUAGUUGGAGUUGUGAGGAUAUAAUCAGAACUGGAUUGAAGAACACCUGGCAGCACAGUGGUAGAUUCUCUCUGUAUGACAACACUGAAGGAAACUACUUCAAGGUGAUCAUCAGACAACUGACUAAACAAGAUGAAGGGACCUACUGGUGUGGAGUGGACAUACCUAAUGCACCUGACAGUUAUACCAAGGUAGAGCUGGAUGUGAAGAAGGGUGAGAGACUUUUACUUUAUAAAAUGAAUUUAGCUAGAUAUGUUAUUGCGUGGUCAGUAUCACUAAAUUAAGUCAGUCUAGUAUUAGACUAAGGUUGUGAUGUGUGUUUCUGUUGACAGACAGUAAAGAGAAGUGAGAUAUAUCUGGUGAAUAUCUUAAUGCAUUUCUGAAUAUAAUGGCUAAUCAGGAAGCUAGUGUCUAGUGAUGGUGUAUUGUGUUAAUAGCAUGGCUAAUCAAGAACCUAGUGUACGGUGAUGGUGUAUUGUGUCAAUAGCAUGGCUAAUAAGGAAGAUAGUUUACAGUGAUGGUGUAUUGUGUGAAUAGCAUGGCUAAACAGGAAGCUGAUGGUUUAUUAUGUAUUGUGUUAAUAUUCUGAUUCUGAAUAAUAACUAUGUUAUGUGUUUGUGUGUGCGUGUCUGCAUGUACGUGUGAGUGUGUGUGCGUGUGUGUGUGUGUGUGUGUGUGUGUGUGUGUGUGUGUGUGGUGUGUGUGUGUGUGUGUGUGUGUGUGUGUGUGUGUGUGUGUGUGUGUGUGUGUGUGUGUGUGUGUGUGUGUGUGUGUGUGUGUGUGUUCUGUUGUGGGAAUAGCAAUCAGGAAGGUAGUGAUGGUGUAUUGUAAUACCAAGUUAUCUCAAUACACUCAAUACACAGUAUGAAGCCAUCAAAAAAGAUGAAAUAACACAUAUGGAAUCAUGUAGUAACCAAAAUAGUGUUAAACAAAUCAAAAUAUAUUUUAUAUUUGAGAUUCUUCAAAUAGCCACCCUUUGCCUUGAUGACAGCUUUGCACACUCUUGGCAGUCUCUCAACCAGCUUCACCUGGAAAGCUUUUCCAACAGUCUUGAAGGAGUUCCCACAUAUGCUGAUCACUUGUUGGCUGCUUUUCCUUCACUCUGCCGUCCGACUCAUCCCAAACCAUCUCAAUUGGGUUGAGGUCGGGGGAUUGUGGAGGCCAGGUCAUCUGAUCCAGCACUCCAUCACUCUCCUUCUCGAUCAAAUAGCUCUUACACAGAUUGGAGGUGUGUUGAAUCAUUGUCCUGUUGAAAAACAAAUGAUAGUCUCACUAAGCCCAAACCAGAUGGGAUGGAGUAUCGCUGCAGAAUUCUGUGGUAGCCAUGCUGGUUAAGUGUGCCUUGAAUUCUAAAUAAAUAACAGACAGUGUCACCUGCAAAGCACCCCCACACCAUAACACCUCCUCCUCCAUGCUUUACGGUAGGAAAUACAUGUGUUGAGAUCAUCCGUUCACCCACACCGCAUCUCACAAAGACACGGUGGUUGAAACCAAAAAUCUCAAAUUUGGACUCCAGACCAAAGGACAAAUUUCCACUGGUCUAAUGUCCAUUGCUUGUGUUUCUUGGCCCAAGCAAGUCUCUUCUUAUUAUUGGUGUCCUUUAGUAGUGGUUUCUUUGCAGCAAAUCGACCAUGAAGGCCUGAUUCACACAGUCUCCUCUGAAUAGUUGAUGUUGAGAUGUGUCUGUUACUUGAACUCUGUGAAGCAUUUAUUUGGGCUGCAAUUUCUGAGGCUGGUAACUCUAAUGAACUUAUCUUCUUUAGAAGAAGUAACUCUAGGUCUUUCAUUCAUGAGAGCCAGUUUCAUCAUAGCGCUUGAGUGUUUUUGCGACUGCACUUGAAGAAACUUGCAAAGUUCUUGACAUUUUCCAUAUUGACUGACCUUCAUGUCUUAAAGUAAUGAUGGACAGUUUUUUAUUUUUGCUUAUUUGAGCUGUUCUUGCCAUAAUAUGGACUUUUACCAAAUAGGGCUAUCUUCUGUAUACCCACCCUUCCUUGUCACAACACAAUUGAUUGGCUCAAACGCAUUAAGAAGGAAAGUAAUUCCACAAAUUAACUUUUAAGAAGGCACACCUGUUAAUUGUAAUGCAUUCCAGGUGACUACCUCAUGAAGCUGGUUGAGAGAAUCCCAAGAGUGUGCAAAGCUGUCAUCAAGGCAAAGGGUGGCUAUUUGAAGAAUCUCAAAUAUAAUAGAUUUUUUGAUUUGUUAAACACCUUUUUGGUUACUACAUGAUUCCAUAUGUGUUAUUUCAUAGUUUUGAUGUCUUCACUAUUAUUCUACAAUGUUAAAAAUAGUACAAAUAAAGAAAAACCCUUGAAUGAGUAGGUGUGUCCAAACUUUUGACUGGCGGAGUAUAUAUUAUUUUUCUAUGUCAUUCACAGAUUGGAGGGACAUUGAACUAAACAUCUUAUCAGUAGUAGUUGUUCAGUGGUUGACAGCAGGCAGUGAGUGUGUUAGUGGAGGCUGGGUGUGUCUGUGUGUUUGUAGUGGUGUGAAAAGACACUGGGCCAGAACACUGUAACUUCCUCUGUAAUCUGUGUGUUUCUAUAUCUGUCUCAGAAUCACUAAGCAGUCAUGUUUUCAAGAUAUAAAACCCCAAGUUUCAGUAUGGAUGUCAUCAUGAAACCUGCAGUUGUCAUGUGAAAUAUUUGAGAGAGAGAGAGAGAGAGAGAGAGAGAGAGAGAGGAGAGAGAGAGAGAGAGAGAGAGAGAGAGAGAGAGAGAGAGAGAGAGAGAGAGAGAGAUGUAGUGAGCUACAGGAGAACUAAAACACCUCAACAGGAACAAGAGAAAAACCCCUCUAUAUCUCUCUCUCCCUGUAACUCUCUCUCUCCAUCUCCCUUUCUUUUUACCUCCAUCACUCUCUUUCUCCCUCCUCAUCUCUCCAUAUCUCCCUCUCCUCACCUUGCAAAUAAAAAAUCCCACUUGUGUCCAUUGUUUUCAGUGGCACUACCCACCACCACAAGAACAACAACAACAACAACAACAACAACAACAACAGCAACAACAACAACAACAACAACAACAGCAACAGCAACAGCUCCACCAACACCAGCUACAACUACAACUACAGCAGCACCAGCCACAACCACCUUCACCUCACCAUCAUCAUCAUCACCACCAUCAUCACUAAACGGAUCUGGUAAAUUACAUUUUACCAAUACAAAUGUCUGAGUCUCACUUUGGUAGACAUGUCUGUAUGUAGUGUUAUGAUAUGAGGGUAGGUUAGUGGGUAGACAUGUCUGUAUGUAGUGUUAUGAUAUGAGGGUAGGUUAGUUGGUAGACAUGUCUGUAUGUAGUGUUAUGAUAUGGAGGGUAGGAUUAGUGGGGUAGAUCAUGUCUGUAUGUAUUGUUAUGAUAUGAGGGUAGGUUUUAGUGGUAGACAUGUACUGUAUGUAGUGUUUAUGAUAUGAGGGUAGGUUAGUGGUAGACAUGUCUGUAUAGUAAAAAUGUUAUGAAUUUGAGGGGUAGGUUUAGUGGUAAGACAUGUCCUGUAUGUAGUGUUAUGAUAUGAGGGGGUAGGUUAGUUGGUUAGACCAUGUCCUGGUAUGUAGUGUUUAUGAUAGAGGGUAGGUUAGUGGAUAGACUGGAUAUAGUAUAGUUACCCGUAGGUUUGUCUAAAUCGGUUUCCGUAUCAGCGCGUGUGGUGGUGUGUGUGUCUCCUCUCUCUCUCUCCUCUCUCACUCCUCCCGUCCAAAUCCUCUCAUUCUCUCUCUCCUCUCCUUCCACACUCCAUCCCCUCCGCUCUUCAUCUCCUCGAGCCACCCUCGUCUCGAGUUCUCCUCCCAUCCUUCUCUCUCUCUCUCUCUCUCUCUCUCCUCUCUGAGUAAUGUGUGUUGUGUUCCACAGGAUCUGUCUCUUCAACACUCAGAGUGAGCCCAGACAAAGGGAACAACGAAGGGGUCAGUGUAUUUUGUUUGUUAGUUUUUGUGACUGAGUGAUGUCAUUGAGUCAUGUGACUGAGUGAUGUCAUUGAGUGAUUUGAUUGAGUGAUGUCAUUGAGGGAUGUCAUUGAGUGUGUUUGUGAUGUCAUACUAUUCUCUCCUCUUCCUCCUCCCUUUUUCUCUCCUCCCUCCUCUUCAGGGUUGUCAUGGUGACGGUGACUAUGAGGAGAUAAAGGAGCGCCCCCUACAGUCAGACUCAGACGCUGCGCCCACCACCAUCUACGCCACCGCCAACUUACCCACAAGCCACUCUGACUCUCCCCACUACGCCAGCAUCAACUUCCACAAGAACCCCAGCGGCCCCAACGAAGCCAGAGUCACCAUCACUAAAGAGGGCAGCUGCCGCAAUGAGGCCACCGUUGCCAUCGAUAAAGAGGGCACUUCCUCAUGUGACUAUGCUACUGUGAACUUUGGUCAAAGCCCCGCCUACUCUACUGUCAAUCAUCCACACAGCUCCUCUGAGGCGAGGAUAUGA